GUAAUAAAGCGACUCGUUAUCACCUGAAAAAUGUAUAUAGUAGUCUGGCUAUCUGUAUGAUUGCUGCUGCAGUUGGUAGUUAUGUACAUGUGUUUACUGGAAUUAUACAGGGAGGUAUCUUGGCCACCGUUGCUGCUAUUGGGCUGUUAAUUUUGCUUGGCAUAACCCCACAUACCAGAGAAAAUCAAAUGAAGAGACUUGGAUUCCUCAUUGGAUUUGCUUUUUUCAUUGGUGUUGGCCUUGGUCCUUUAUUGGAUGUUGUCAUUGACGUUGACCCAAGGUAUGUACAACUGUUUGUGUCACUG